UGAGUCUCUUCACGUCAUGACUGCCAAGUCUGAGUCUCUUCACGUCAUGACUGCCAAGUCUGAGGGCCAGAUGUACUAACACUUUUUCGCCCACUUCAGGCGCAUUUGUUUCGCAAAUUGCGCAUAAAACCAUGGCGAGGUAUGUACGAACGGGACGCACCGAGAUGAAAGCGCAGACUGUCUGUCACGGGAACUGAAAAUGGCAAAAUGCGCUUUUAGUGUCAUGCAUAUGCAUUCAUGGGAUGGUCAAGGGGAAAGUGGGAGUGUCACAUAAAGAGAUGGGAGGAGAAGCGUAAACUGCACCUAAGUAUUCCGCGUUAUGUACAGAAAAAGCCGGUGAAAGCGCGCCUCUAUUUUGCGCUGAAAAUUCUCCGCCUCUUAAAAGCAGGUGUAACUUAGGAAGCGGGUUUCCUGGCAUAUGCCUCCUGGUGAAAUGGCAGCAGUAAUCCGAGCAAGACGAAGACAUAGGCUAAGGAGACAAGCUAAAAAGAUUUUUGCCACAAGAAUCACACUUUUUCAGUUGGGUGAAAAUGAAAUCAUUAAGCGUUACAGAUUAAGCAACUACGCAAUAUUACAGUUACUGGAAGAAAUCAAAGAUGACAUUGAAUCUCCGACUCAGCGUUCAUAUUCCAUUCCAGCAGUUGUUAAACUCCUCGCUACAUUACAAUUAUUGGUAUCAGGAUCAUUUCAAACAGUUAGGGCAUCAGCAGUGAGAGGAGGAGAUCCAUUCAAUUGCGCGUUUAAAUACGCACAAUUUACGGUAUAGUGGGUGGGGACAGGCGCUGAUUACCUGAUAAACUGCAGGUUUGGUACAUAACACGCACAUUGCGGUUUCACAUCAAGCGCUUUCUGCGUCUUGGCCAUGGCGCUACUAACGCUGCGUUCGCAAAUGUACGUACAUCUGGCCCUGAUCAACUUCACGUCAUGUCUGCCAAGUCUGAGUCUCUUCAUGUCAUGUCUACUAAGUCUGUAUCUCUUUACGUCAUGCCUGCCAAGUCUGAGCUUCCUCAAGUCAUGCCUGUCCAGCCAGAGCUUCUUCACUUCAGGCCUGCCGAGCCUGAGCUUCUUCACUUCAGUCCUGCCGAGCCUGAGCUUCCUCACGUCAUGCCUGCCCAGCCAGAAACUGUUCAUGCCAUGUCUGCGAUGCCUGUGUCUUCGGUCGAGUUGGCCGCCACCACGCCAGAGUCUCUUCCCAAGAUGGCCAUCACCAUGCCGCCUGAGCCUUCAGGGGGCAGUAGGUCCAUUGAUAGGACCAUGGAGGCCGCGCCGCCAUGGCCCCUUGAACUGUCAGUUCCGCCCUGGCCCCUUGAACUGUCAGGUCCGCCCUGGCCCCUUGAACUGUCAGGUCCGUCCUGGCUUCCUGCUCUGCUGGCGCCGUCCUGGCUUCCUGCACUGCCGGCUCCACACGCUCCAUGGCCCAGGUCCGCCCACGCCAUGUCACGGCCCAGAUUACCUGGGAUAUAA